UUAGAUAGAGGCGCACUGUGGAGAGAGAGGAAAAAGUUCGUAGCAAGGAGAGGCAGGACGACUCACGGAGCCCCUGUAGUCUCUCAUUUUAUGCCUCUAAAAGACUUUCUCUGCUACUUGUUAAGCGUCCCUGCGCUUGAAAUCAGCUUUUUACGCGUCCGGAGGACAGAUUCUGCUUUUUAUUUUAAUAACUUAAGUUGAAAGUUCCCCCUUCCGCCCCCAACACCAUGGAGCUGCUCUGCCUCGAAAUGGACACCAACAUAAGAGCUCGUCCCGAUCCGAACCUCCUGCGCGAUGACAGAGUUCUGCAGAGAUUGUUGACUAUCGAGGAGAGAUUUUUGCCCCAGUAUUCUUAUUUUAAAUGCGUCCAGAAAGACAUUCAGCCCUUUAUGAGGAGGAUGGUCGCUACUUGGAUGUUGGAGGUCUGCGAAGAGCAGAAGUGCGAGGAAGAAGUUUUUCCUUUGGCCAUGAACUACUUGGACCGAUUUUUAGCAAUGGUACCAAUCAAAAAGUGCAACCUGCAGCUGCUGGGGGCAGUUUGCAUGUUUCUUGCUUCCAAACUGAAAGAGACUCGUCCAUUAACUGCAGAGAAGCUUUGCAUCUACACAGAUAACUCCAUUAGACCACAAGAGCUGCUGGAAUGGGAACUGGUUGUUUUGGGGAAGUUGAAGUGGAACUUGGCAGCCGUAACACCAAACGACUUCAUUGAGCACAUUGUGAGGAGGCUGCCACUCCCCGAUGAUAAGCUGGCACUAAUACGAAAGCAUGUCCAGACCUUCAUCGCCCUUUGUGCCACAGAUUUCCGAUUCGCCAUGUACCCUCCCUCCAUGAUUGCCACAGGAAGCGUGGGGGCUGCGAUCUGUGGCCUGCAGCUGGAUUCAGCUGACCACUCACAGUGGGGAGACAGCCUGACAGACCUGCUGGCCAAAAUCACCCACACAGAAGUGGACGUUUUAAAGGAAUGCCAGGAGCAGAUCGAGCGCGUUCUGGAGAGUAGCCUCCGCGAAGGGCGGCAGCAGCAGCAGCAGCAGCAAACUCAGAGAGGUCCCAGUGGGAAAGGCCUGGACGAGCUGGAUCAGUCCUCCACUCCGACAGAUGUCCGCGAUGUCAACUUGUGAAGCACCAGAGGGCGCCGUUGCACAGGAUUUACAAAAAUCUUUAAAAAAAAAAAAGCGUCAUGAAAAAAAACCUUCAUAAAAGCAGAAAAAAAGGACAAAAGAAGAAAAAAAUCAUUAAAAACACAAGCCCUUCAAAAGAAAUACAAGGACAGUGCUUGCUAGUUUUUGUAGAUAAUCUGUUCUUCAAGAAAAAAAAAAAAACAAGAAAAAAACAAAAAUAUCUGCACAUGAAAUAGAUUUUCUAUGAUGCUCUAGUCUGAAAGCAACAAAUCUGAUAAAGCUCUCUGCUGCCUUGGAUACAGAGAAGGGAAGCCAAUCAUAUUUGCAUACUGCCUUUGAUUGUGUAUAUUAACUUUAAUUUAAAAGCUGCAUACACAGAAUAACAGCGGGGCUUAUGUUAUUUUUUUUUUUCUCUUUUUUAUAUUCAAAGAUUAUUAUCACCAUUGUAUUUGCCUCUGGUGAAGGUGAGGUCCUGUACCUCCACUACCAGAGAACGUCCGCUGCUGUGGACGGUGAAAGGAUUUUGUAGAGCAGGUCAGAGUGUCCCAUCUCCAGCCAACAGCUGGAAUUAUAAUUAUUAGUGGUAUUAGUUUGUAAUUAUUAAUACUACCAUUAGAAAUAUUUUGGAACUUGAGAGUUGAUCAAUAAGCUCCGUUGGUCAAGCUGCUUGGAUGAAUCAGUUUGUGGAUGCAGUUUGCUUGUGUUUUCGUAGGCCUGUGUGUAUGUGGGCGUGCGUGCGUGCGUGGAUGUGUACAUCUGUAUCUACAUAAACAGUCUGCAGCAUGAGGCACUUACAGUUCUGUGUGCAAAUAAAAAAAAAAAGAUGGAGCGAGUCAAGGCUGCAAAUGCUUUGUCCAUCCUUACAACAGGGCAUCUAUGCUAAGUCACUGCCUUAAUGCAUUAACAGUGCGUCAUGUUUCGUUGUAAGUCACCGAUUAUGAAAGGGUGAACAAUGACUGAGACACCAGGAGAGAUAAUGGACAAAGGGACUUUGUUUAGUCCCAUAUCUGUCUCAUAAGCACUUCACCUCAGACUCAGAGAUAAUGGGAGGUAUUUUUUUACUGCUAUUGACAAGGUGAAAUCCAGCUAAUACUUCCUCUGUUUGCUGUGAGGUGAUGUUUGAGCAGUAAAAAUCCAUGUAUGGCAUCGGGGAUCCGUGUCCUAAAGGUUUCGAGUCAAAACUUGAAAAGACGAGUGAGGUGUGAUACCCUGAAGAGUGAAGAAGUCACUAUGGUUGUACAGAGAAGGUUAUGGUGGUGCAGGAGCAUGCUGCUGUGGAGGAGAUGUUAAAACAAGCCUCAUACGAAUUUAAUAUUUGAGGUGGAAUCGUUGCGUUGUUAAGGAUGUCUAACAUUACAUCACUGGUGGAACAACAGAUGUUCUCUGGUUUUUAUUUUUGAGGAGAGCAGAUGAGUAACUCAGACUGUAUGAUAAAGCAGAUGUAAGGAUCAACUAUUUUUUGGAGGGGGGCGGGCUCCCAUAUAGGGUUCAUUCCAGCUCCCCUUUAUAAACGUCUAUAGUAAAGCACUUUGAGAACCAGAUGAGUCACAUUAAACAGCCUUUUGGGUUGGGAUUGGAGGUGAAUGGGUCUUUUAUUCCUCGUUAGCCCUUCCUUUGGUUUACUUCGUAGGGCUGGUUUCCAAAACAUCAGACAGAACUUCAAUUUAAAACAUACAGUUUUACAUUUAGGGGACAUUCCUAUUUAAACAAACAUUCCUGAUGAUUGAGGGGAAUAAAUAUUGAUUCAAACAUUCACACGGAGUUCUGAUUCUUGGUCCAGGUUGUGACCCAGGGUCUCUCUUUUCCGCUGACAAGAAAUUCAUUCUUCUUUUUUUUUUUUUUUUUUACUUGAAUUUUUCUUUUUAUUUAUCCUUAUCACAGCCACAGAGGGCCAGGCGAGGAAGCAGUGAGCUACACGACAGGUGGUUGUAAGAUCCCAGGCAUCAUUAGGUUAGCUGCCCAGAUGGGGAGGAAGGGCCCUUAAAAUGCAGUCUGGAUUGGAUUGUCCUUUAGACAUUAGCACCAGGUUGAUUCCUGCAGCGUGGGCAAAAAGUGGAACCCAUGUGGGUCCCUGAUGUGUCCUUUAUGUGGAUCUAUUUGCUGAUAUUUUGAGCUCAGGCCCGCUGACCCAUCCUUAUGGGGCCCAAAUACACGUGUUGUGAGGGAUUCAGUAUUUGCACAUGUUUGUCAAAGCGCAGUGAUGCUUGCAACGUUAACACCUUCAGCUGAUGUGUGUGGCUUGAGUCGGUGAACCUAUCGGGCCCCUGUGAGCUUCGCUGCUUUAAAUUUAAAUCCAAUGCCGUGGGGGGGUGAGGGAGCUAAUAGUGCAGAGACAUGAUCCAGCCACAGAGAGCUGUCUUUGACUUGAUGUUUGGUUUAUUUUUUUAUGACUGUAUGUGAUUUUGCUGAGUGUGUGUUUAUUAGUCAGAAGACAGAAUGUGGCACCCCGAUGUGUUCCAGUGAAACUGAACACCCCCACCCCUCUGCUUCUGCAGGGGACACCUUCAGUUAGCCUCUGUUCGUCUGACGCAAGCUCUCUCCUCAACUAUGUUGUGAUUUUUUUUUUCUUUUAUCUUUUCUGCAAAUUCGUUGUUGCAUGUUAUGUGUCGACACCACAGCUGUUUUUGUUGUGGGGGGUAUCAGACCCACUGUAAGGGGUUUUAAAAGUUAGAGAUACUGUAUUCCAAAGUGAAGAGAGGUCCGAGGAGGUUUGAAGACAUCAACAAAAAAAAGUGUCAAUAUUUUAUUGUCUUUUUGCGCUGCUAUGAGCUAUGAUUUUGUUUCAUUUAUACAAAAAAUUAACAUUACCUAGUCGUGAUGUCACUUGUGUGCUGCUAUUUUAUAAACAUUUGUAUUAUAAUAUAAUUAUUUACUGCUUAAGAGAUACAUCCAGAAACAAAAUAGAUGGUUUUAGAAGAACGUGAAAUGAGUGUUCGACUGGAAAUGUUCCUUGUACAGUUAGAUAGUACGUUUCAUUCCCCCUGUUUUGUUUUCUGUUUUGCUGUUCUGUAUCCGUCACAUUCUGCAUCAGUGGUAUCUUGUAUACCUCAGGAUUACUGGACAAAAUGAAACACACAUCCAUCGCAUAUACCUCUGCAGUGAGGGAGCCUGGAAUGGAAGAAAAGCAGGAUCUAUUUGGGGAAACAUGCCAUCUUUUUUCGGAUGAUUCCCGCUUUUUUUUAUUCAGGCAUCAACUUCCUCAAAGAGAUGGGAAACAGGAAAUAUGCAAGGCUUCUACCUGGACUCAAACCAUACUGGGAAGGGGGAGGGAACACAACUUUUUGAUAGAUCAUGCAUGUUCAUUUUUGUCAUUUUUGUUGGUGCUACAUCUGACUUGAUAUGUGCUACAGAGGGGAAGAUGCAUUCCCCAGGAUGGCCAAAGUGCAGUUUUUGCUUUACAUGUCCAUGAUCACCAUGAAUGUCAUAAAUAAAUAUGAAUUCUGUAUGUGA